AACGGAAACUUGAAUAAUGAGUUCUUGCGUGUUCCCUUGAAACGUCAAAAACUUGUCCUCGAAAGUUUCUUUUUGUGCCGAUCGCCGUGCUGUGAAAAUGGGUUUCGCUGAUCUCUGGUAUUCGCAUCCUCGUAAAUAUGGACAAGGCUCUCGAUUCUGCCGGGCCUGUUCCAACAACCACGGUAUGAUCCGGAAGUAUGGAUUGAACAUCUGUCGCCAGUGUUUCCGAGAGUACGCUAAGGAUAUUGGCUUCCGGAAGCGGGACUAAAUGCUGCGAUCAUUAAUUUUAUUAAUGUAUCGGGAUAUGGAUGAAAUUCAAUAAAUGUAAUUAUCCGACAAA